CAGGCAGAUUGUUUUUCUUUUUCUCUGAACAAGCACACAUCAAAUUGUGAGUCCAAGUGUGCAAACACGGGGUUGUACUUUGGAGCUGUGGCCCAAAGUGUUUCUGUUGGAUUUACACUAAAAGUUAGGAUGGCACGAGCUUUUCUGUUUUUGCUGCUUUUGGACUUUCACCUUGGCUCGACAGCCUCCAACACUGUGCUCCUCUCUGAGAAGACAGCCGACAGCUUCCUCAAGAGACACAAACGUGAGAACGCUGGGAUGUUCGAGGAGUUUCUGCAGGGAAACUUGGAAAGAGAAUGUAUAGAAGAGAAAUGUAACCUGGAAGAAGCCAGGGAGAUAUUUGAGAAUGAUGAAAAAACUAUGGCAUUUUGGUCAACAUAUGUAGAUGGCAAUCAGUGCGCCUCGAGCCCAUGUCUGAACCAGGGGUCAUGCAAAGACCAUCUGGGCUACUACAUCUGCACAUGUGUGUCUGGCUUCACUGGCACAAACUGUGAGAUCGUCUUACAAAAAAGAUGUGACAUAAACAAUGGAGACUGCAAACAUUUCUGUGGCACAAUAGGAACCUUUGGGGCAAAAUGCUUCUGCGCGACAGGAUAUGAGUUGAUGUCGGAUGGGGUCAGCUGUAAAGCAACAGUUGAAUUCCCCUGUGGGAAAACUGGACUAACCGUUGUGAAGCCAGUCGUAAGGUCUUUCUACAACCCUGGGCUGUCAGACCACCUGAACGCCACGUCUCCAACCAACAUGACGCCUGCAGCAGCACCCAGCACCACAGAGCCAGAUCUGGAUUUGUAUGACUAUGAUGACUUUGGUCAGAAUCAGUCUCUUAGUGACCUGCUUUUAUUGGAAUUCAAUCGCGCUGAAAACAUCUCUUUGGAGCCACAAACACCUUUCAAACGUAUAGUUGGUGGGAGGUUAGUCGCUCCAGGAGAGAUUCCCUGGCAGGUCGGACUGAUAGCAAAACCCAGUGGUCAGUUAUUUUGCGGGGGCUCCAUCCUCUCAGAGCGCUGGGUCAUCACUGCUGCUCAUUGUCUGAAGGAGGUGACUGGCUCCUUCUCAGUCAGAGUGGGGGAACAUAAUACUCAAAUCACGGAGGGCCGAGAGCAAGACUAUGAGGUGUUGGAGGAACACGCACACCCACGCUACAACGCAACCUUAGACACGUACAACCACGACAUUGCCUUGCUCUACCUCAAAGACCCCAUCAGCUUCUCAGCAGCGGUCCGACCGAUCUGCAUCGGGCCCAUGGCUUUCAUCGAGGCCUUGGUGAAGCAACCUUCCCCGGCUACGGUGAGCGGCUGGGGCCGCACUCGCUUCCUGGGGUUCACUUCCAACAUUCUGCAGAAGAUCGAGGUUCCCUUCAUAGAUCAGACUGAGUGUAAAAAAAGCAGCAACGAAAGGAUCACUCCUGUCAUGUUCUGCGCUGGAUUCUACAAUGUGGCCAAAGAUGCCUGUCAGGGCGACAGCGGAGGUCCUCACGCUAAGAGCUACCUUAACACUUGGUUCCUGACGGGGAUUGUAAGUUGGGGGGAGGAAUGUGCAAAAGAAGGGAAGUACGGCGUGUACACCCGGGUUUCUGUUUACUACAGCUGGAUAAAGUAUGUGAUGAGUGUAACUAAACGCAGGCUGUCUUCCGAUGUGGAAUACCCAGACUCAUGACUUGCAUGGAUGUUGAUAUACAGCGCAGGCCACAUUUUUGGCACAUCGAUUAGCAAAUCACCUUAAAAUAAAGCAAUCUUUCAUUACAGCAGCAUAGGAUCACACCGAAAAGAAAGUGGAAGAAUCCAACUUAAUUGUUUUUCAGUGAGAUGUAAAUAUGAGACGAACCAUUUCCAAAACUUUGCUGGUAAUACCAUACCAAAAAAAUAUUUAUGCAAUACGAAAAGCACUUUGUCGUAUUCUAAAAUGUUUUUGCAUUCUUUUUUAUUCUCUCUUUAAAUCAUGAGUCUAACUCCAGUCCUCCACUUCUAAUGUCCUGCAUUGUUCUGAAUCAAACGGCUGGGUCACAAGCAGACCUUGGUAGAACCUGAUUGGUGAACAGGAUGGUGGUCGUCCAGGUGUGGAGUUUGACAUCUAUGCUUUAAUAUUCUACAGUCCUCUCUUUAGAUCACCUCUCAGGGUUUGUAACAGAUUGUGGACUGAGACGGUCUUGGAAGAAUAUUGAAUGUGUUUCUGGUCAAUCAUUUCUAUUGUGUGUUUUGGAGUAAGGACCCAAUAAUUAUGCUUCUUAAAACAGUUUGUGAGACCAAUGCCAUGAACUCUAAAGGGCUCCCACUGAAUUUGGAUGAAAAAGAGGCCCAAAGCGUUACAGAUCCUCCACCGUACAUUUUAACGUAAUUGUCAUUUGCUUCACUUCACACCAGGGAUCUGCUAAAGAAGAAACUUUUUACAAAACUUUUAACAUUUAUCUUUAUUUUAAAAUCUUGAAAGAAAUAAAGAUGUUGGUUCUUUAAUAGUAGUUUUUAUUGGACAUUUAAAAUAUCUCAUAUUACAUUUGCAGCUCUAAGCGAGUCAUAUUUACCUUUAUGAAGGCAUAACUGGUUCUUUGGAGUGUAAAGGUUGCAGAUCCCUGUUCUGGACCCAUCGGGAGUGUUUGUUGCCAAAAACUCAGAAAUAAAAACGUUUGCAAUUAAAGUUUACGUUCAUAACAGUGAGAAUGGAAAGUUGUUUUUUGUUUGGCGUCUAUCCCAAUCAAGCAGUUGAGUUGGUGGCUUCAAUGUGUUUUUUUCUACAGUUCUCUAAAGAUCUAUAAGGACAAAAACAUGAGUAAGUUUAAGAAUAAAUAAACUGCGAUAGCUAAAUCUUUAUACAACAGUAAAGCAGCAAGAGCAACAAAUAGAAGCCACCAGCCAAAUGAAAGAAAACAAACCUUUCAAGGCCAAAGCUUCAGAUACUUUCCAAACAAUUUUAAAAAUAUCCAGGAUAGAUUUAUUAUUUACAUGUUUUUCUGAAACAAGAAUACAGACAUAUUAGUUUACAUCCAUUGUGUUACCAAUGAAAUUCAACUACACUAAAAACUGUUAUUGCAGUGUAUGUGUUAAUAUUAUUAGAUUACUUUUAAAAGAACCAAAGAUAUUUUAAAAAAUCAAAUUUAAACUGCCAUGCAUUUUCAGUAUAAAAACAAAUGUUCAGCAACAAGCAUAUGUUACAUGGCUCAGCAGGAUUCAAGCAACUUUUUUGCCUUCUGUAGCGACAUCUGUGCAAAUUGUGCAGCAUUUUGGAUUAAAAAAAAGGGAAACCAUCUUGAUAUUGUCACAUCCCUUUAACUAAAUGUCUAAAUAGUUAUGCAUAGCUUAUUUGAACAUAUGGAGGUGUGAUUUCCUUAGGGACUUAACAGAUACUUCACAAUAUGACAGAAAAAUAAAGAAAUUACCAUUUUAGGAGGUGCGAGGUGUGCAGCAGUCACUGCCACUUUCUGGACUCGUUUCCAUUUCAACAACAGCCUAUGACAGCCACUCAGUUUGGUGUGAUGAAUUGUAUAAAUCUGUAAUCAAUAUUUAAUUAAGUGUUCAACACAAAGCAUAUAAAUUUCAUGUUGGCUCUAAGGGAUCCCUUUUAACGGGGAAAGAAAGAGUUACUGAGCUAUAAUGCUAAGAGAGGAUUCAUUUUUCUUCUGUUGAUUGAGCACAGCAUCGUUUUCUCUCACCCCUCCUACAUCCUUCUUAU